CAGUUUGAUCUGGUCUGUGACAGGUCACACUUGGCUGAAGUCCUGCAGACCGUUUUCAUGACUGGUUUACUUACUGGAUCAUUUGUCUUCGGACCUACAGCUGAGUCGUUUGGCCGAAGAAGAACCACUCAGAUACCUGUUGUCAUUUUGCUGAUAUUCGUCGUAGUUGUCGGUGUGUCUCCUAACAUCUAUGUGUACGCCGUGUCACAGUUCAUAGUUGGAGCAGCACUGGGAGGAUAUAGAAUUAACUCUGUUGUAUUAGGUACAGAGUGGAUUGGUGUCUCCAAAAGGUCCAUUGCGUCCUGUUUGAGCCAGAUGUUCGCCGGUCUUGGACAGUGCGCCUUGGCAGGUCUGGUUUAUGCUGUUCCUGACUGGAGAAAAGCACAGUAUGUCAUGGCUGGAGCACAAGCUGUUGUAUUCUUAUACAUAUGGUGGAUUCCUGAAUCUGCACGGUGGUUGCUUAGGAGAGGACGAACUGCAGAAGCAAAGGAGCUGAUACUUAAAGUCGCAGGAAUCAAUAAACAGAAAAUACCAGAGAAUCUGCUGAAUGAGGUUUCUUCAGAACAUGAAGUUAAAAAUGGAGGAAUCAAAGAAAUUUUUACCUCAGCAGUCCUGAUCAAAUAUCUCUUUAUUUUAUCCUUUUCCUGGUUUUCAUUAAAUCUGGGCUACUUCUGCCUUGUUCUGAAUGUUGGAAAGUUUGGUCUGAACAUCUUCCUGGUUCAGUUCAUGUUCGGGAUCUCUGACACACCAGCUCAUCUCCUCAGCAUCUGGAUUCUGGAGUUAGUCGGGAGGAAGAAAACCCUGAUAUCAACACUUCUGAUUGGUGGCUUUGUUUGCUUUUUGACUCUGGCUUUCCCCCAAGACAGUGCUGUUGUUAUCACAGCCCUCGUCACUACUGGAAAAUUCUUCUUGAGCUGGGCGGGGUCAGUGUGUAUGGUCUACAUCCAGGAGUUGUUUCCCACCUCGGUCAGGCAAACAGCUGUUGGUUUUGGCUCCAUCGCCUUUAGAGUAGCAGGUCUGCUCUCUCCACUGCUCAACAUGUUGGCUGUAUACCACUGGUCCAUACCCAUCAUAGUCUUCAGCAGCUUGGCUGUGGUCAGCGGAGGUCUCGUCUUCCUGCUCCCUGAGACCACCAGAAAAGAGCUUCCUGAUUCAGCCAAAGACAUACAGAGCAAAGGGAAUGUGUCCACCAAGAAGACAGGAAGUGACUCAGACACGGCUGAACACAACAGACACAAAUCCACCAAACUCUAGUGGAAAUACUGAACUUUGUUUUCCAGAGUUCUUUCUUUCUUUUGUGUUUUUUACAUAAGCCACUUGAGUAGAUAUUUUUUCAUUUGAACCCUACUCUACUUGUCUUCAUGCUGCUGAGUCAUCCUGUGUAUUUGCUCAUGUGCUUUGGCUGACAGACUAUUCCAAAUUACAUAUUUCAUGCUGUUGUUAAUGUUCUGUUGGGGAAAAACUGAAAUUGAAAUGUACUUCUGACAUGUUUUGAGUAGAAAUGACCAAUCUUUUUGACUUAAUGAGCUCAGCUCAGGAUCAGGUAAAACGUCUUCGAAGUACAACAGCUGAUCAAAAUGCUGCUGCUCGCACCAUCCUAAGAACAGAUGAAGAAGAAGCAUUUGAAGCAAUUAGCAGGCAGUUUUUGCACUGUCUGAAAGUAUUAUCAAUACCAGUUGAUCAUAUCAAGCAAUUUCAGCCAGAUAAGUUAAAAAAAACAAAUUGACAAGAAAAAUGUUUUGUGUAAGCGAGGAGCUCAAGUAUCAGUAAACACGGCACUCCAAGGAGGAAUUGUCUUAAAUAGUCUUAUUCAAAAUUGUUCAUUCUUGUCUUUUGGUAAGAGUGCAAAGAGAAUGUUGAAUUGAUUUUCUUUCAUUAUGAAUUCUUCAGUUUUGAUGCACAUGUGAUGCCAAAAGCAAACAUUAACCAAAUCACAAUGCUACAGUCACUCCAAACCCAACAUCUAAUGAUACAAUGAUAUGAGAUGAGUUAAAAUGAGGUUAAAUGAAAUAAGAUUAAAGUUGAGAUAUAUAAAGAUCAGAUCCAUGAAAUAAAAUGA